CGUCGGGCCAUGCUUUCUUCACGUCUUGCUAGGGAAGCUCAAGCACUGGGCUCGUGUGCGCUCCGCUGUCGCUCGCGUCUGCAGCUCAACCUUGCGCGACGAGCUCUCUCCACCACCGCUACGACUGCAUCUGCUUCUCCGUCACCCAGCACGUCCUCAAUAGCCUCUCCCACGCCAUGGUUCGUCGACUCUGAAGAGGAGAUAUCACCAUAUGCACGUCGAUCUGCCUUGCCACAAGCACCGACGAAGCCUCUCGCACCUCUCCCUGCUGCAAUCCCUUCCGACCACCCAAUAGCGCGGCUUCAUGCAGAGUUGAAGGCAUCCCCGCAUCUUGAACCUGGGACUUUGCUCGUGAGGGAGCCUAUUCCAACCGCGACAGGGCCCCCAUUACCCGCGACUAUGCCGAAGGGACGCAGACAGCGAGGUAGGUCUUAUGUCGGCGAAGGCGUCGCAGGAGACACGGGCGGCAUCUGGGAGUGGCUUGUUAUUGCUCAGGUCAAAGAGGGGACUGAGGACCGCGGCGCCAUCGAGUCUGUCAUCCGGACAGUCAGGAAAACGCUCCUCACUGCCGAUCCCCCAACACUGCUGCCGCUGAACAACAAGCGUCGCUUCAUCGGUGGCUGGGCCAUGAUCGACGCCGGCCACUUUGCCGUGCAUAUACUCAGCAAAGAGGCAAGGGAAAAGUUCUUCCCCGACCAGCGGAACUGGUAGAUAAUAUUGUCAUCGGAGGCCGUCAUUCUAC